AUGUCGUUUAACCACCCUGCAGGAUCUUCCCCUCCAGGUUCUCACUCAGCGGAGAGUUUGGAGAACCAAUUGAGAGGAAUGAUUCUUACAAAUAAUCGUGCUGUAAACCCCCGCCUAUCUGCACCAGUGCAGUCAUUUACACAAUUGCCGGGGUUUCCUCAUGAAACUCCACUGCACCAACAGCGACAGUCUGUUCCUUUGUUUGGGGAUUUCUCAAGUGCAUCUACUCCCACGAAUUCUUUCCAAAACUAUCCACGACAAUACCCCGUAUCACAACCCCAACCACCGCAACCACCAGGCUUGCAAGCCACAAAUUUAGUAUCACCAACUGGAUUGCAUUUUCCGCCUGGUCAAUAUUCUGGGCUUCAGUCUCAAAACUUGAAUAUAAACAUCUCGUCAAAUACCGCAGGUGAUAUAGGGAAUAUACCGCCUCAGAUGGGGCAGCAAUACAGACCGCAGAGCCGACCACCACAGCAAAAUACCCCGCCGAGACAACGGAACCAGCCCCCGCAAAUGACGGCGGGGCGGGAUAUUCGAAGUCCGCCUCGUGGUCAGCGUGGUCAGGGUUUUAACAAAUCACAGAACUCACCCAGAGCUCUACCCUUGAAUGCGCUAGACCACUUUCCGCCUCUGGGAACCCAACCUACUAAAGCAAAGACGCCUCCGCCAAAUUAUUCUCAGCAGCAACAGUCAACAACAGCAAAACCCCAGCAGCGUACUCAGUAUCAGCCACUGCCAAUUGACACCCGCAAUACUAACCCCCAUCACGCUAGGGGCGAGGUACAUGGACGCAGAAAUUUUCGUGGUGAUUAUAACCAGCGCCAACUACGGCGGGACAUUGGACCAGAAGUAUGCCAGUAUUUGAGUGAGCUUUCGAAAAAAGUAAUAGCCGAAGCAGCUCCCCCAGAGUCAGAAAUAUUGGUGAAGCGUGCGCUUCUAGAGAGACUUGAAGCUAUCAGUAAAACGAUAGUUCCAGACGCAAAAUUGAUUGCUUUUGGGAGUUUAGUUACUGGCUUCGCAACCGCCAAUUCCGAUCUCGACGUUAUCUUCACAGGCGGUGAUCGAGUCGAUAUUCUCAAUGAAAGUUCAGAUGAUCCAUCAUCCAACUUCAGAAUACCUAUGCUCCUCGAAUCAAAGCUUCAAGAAGAAGGCUUCGGCACUACUCUACUUACAAAAACCCGUGUUCCAAUUCUCAAGCUUGUGCAGAAAGCUACUGAACAGAGCCCGUAUGAGCUGCAAUGCGAUAUCGGUUUCAGCAAUCAUUUAGCCUUGUACAAUACCCAAAUGUUAUUGACAUACAGUAAAUGUGAUCCCAGGGUUAAGGAGAUGAUGAUAUUUAUUAAGUGGUGGGCCAAAAGACGCCAUAUAAAUAAUCCGUACCGCGGAACACUAUCUUCAUAUGGCUACGCACUGAUAGUCCUCCAUUACCUGAUCAAUGUUGUUAAACCACCGGUUCUCCCAAACCUUCAAACUUUCCCAGUCCCUGACAGUGCACCAACAAACGAGAUAAUAUUUGAAGGUGAUUCCGACGAUACUUUCGAAAUAUGGUUCUAUAAGGACAUCGAAAAAUUACCAAAGUCGGAUAACGCCAUGGAUAUUGGUGAAUUACUGAAGGGAUUCUUUGAAUACUACGCCCACAAUUUUCAGUGGGGUCGUGAGGUAGUCUCUAUCCGGACAAAGGGAGGGCUGAUGACAAAACAAGAGAAAGGUUGGGUUGCAGCUGUGAUUAAACCGGGGAGAACAGAAAACUCGGAGGUCAAGAAUCGAUACCUUUUUGCUGUAGAGGACCCCUUCGAAACUGAACACAACGUCAGUAGGACUUGUAAUGGCCCUGGAGUUAAUAGGAUCAAGGACGAAUUCAAGAGAGCGGUUUGGUUGAUCAGAGUUAGAGAUGGGGGCAAAACCUUGUUUCAGAAUUUGUGUAUGGAAGCGCCCCCGGAGAGAGUUUGGGUGAGGAGAGAAGAUAGGGAUCGCCGGGGAAUUGAGGAGGCCGGUGGGCAUGGGAGUAAAGAUCACCAGGGAGCUGAAGGUGAAGCUGGAGACGGGGUGAAGCAUGAGUCUGUGGUGCUUUCAGAAGAUGGUCGAAACGCACUUGAAAGCUUAGUGUAA